AUGGGUUACUCCAUUGGUUAUUUGAAAAUUUCAAUUUCCUUUUCGUGUAAAAGGAAGAGGGAAGCAAUCGAGGAGGAACUCAAAGAGUCUUUGUUGGUCGACAGCAUGAAAUCGUUCGUGGUCCCCAAAGGGUGCUUACCGGUGUACGUCGGUGACAACAUGCGGCCUUUUGUGAUCCCCAUAAGUUACCUUGGCCUCCCGACUUUCCGAACUCUGAUGGAGAGGGUAGCCGAGGAGUUUGGGUUCGAUCAAAAUGGUGCACUUAGGAUUCCAUGCGAAGAGGACUACUUUGUGGGUUUGCUUAAGAUGCUAGAGAAAUCAAAAAACAAGAAAAAACUUCUAAAUAUAUUGUAA